GGUCAACUUGAAUUUUCUGCGCAUUCUUGCACCAACCCAACGCCCACCCAAAGGAAUUCCGGAGCUUUCCUGGGGUUGGUCUCAGGAAAAAGGGAUCACAGAACAGAGGUUGACACGAGGAUGGGUUUCAUAAGAGAAACCUUGGACUCCUUCAAGCCCACGCAGCUCAGGCAAGCUCUGUCUCAGGCCAUCUCUCUUGGCAUGAUAGCAACAUCAACCUUGAUGAUAUGGAUGGGCUUGAUGUACUUUACCGGUAGUGAAUCGCCUGUUGUUGUGGUGCUCUCUGAAAGCAUGGAACCUGGCUUCAAAAGAGGUGACAUUUUAUUCUUGCAUAAGAACAAGGAUCCCAUUCGGACAGGAGAUAUUGUUGUCUUCAAUAUAGACGGACGCGAUAUUCCAAUUGUGCAUCGAGUUAUUGAAGUUCAUGAGCAUCGCGGCACUGGCGAAGUCGACAUUUUAACAAAAGGUGACAAUAACAAUGUAAACGAUAGGAUCAUGUAUGCGCCCGGCCAACAUUGGUUGCAGCAGCAGCAUAUCAUGGGGAGAGCCGUUGGGUACUUACCUUAUAUUGGGUAUUUGACAAUUAUCAUGACCGACAAGCCUAUUAUCAAGUACGUAUUAAUAGGUGCAUUGGGCUUGUUUGCCCUAACCUCGAAGGAAUAGGAUUCGCCAAGCUUCAUGUUCUACGCACCGUUUAGACCGAAAAGGGGGUUCACUCUGGACUCUGGAGGCAGAAACAAGAGUCUCGAGUCACAACUAGCGUUGACUAUUGUCACAAAGCAAUUCACUAUGUGAAGAUGUACGAGGGUCUGUCUGACUUGUCAAACUGUAAUGUUGUAUCAGUUGUUGAUUCCAUGAGACAUAUCUCCAUCCAACGAAUACCGUCGUAUGGAAAUGUACAAUCCCAGUGCAUGCGUCUAAUUUUACCACGACUUUACUUCUCAAAAUCUGGAUUUGCCAUCCUCCACAGCUAGGCUUCUGAAACCCGAUGUAUGCUGUAAUUCGGGAACCUCACUGCACAAUUGUUAAACCAUCGACUCGCCUAGAAAAUCGUAUUGCUUACUCC